GAUUGUGUAAUAAAGCAUAUUAUGCUACAGUGCAGGACACCGGGCGCAAAGUUGUGAAUAGUUGCAUGUGCAGAGCAGACAAUCCAAUCCCGCACCAUGGCUUAUCGUUUGCUGACGACGGCCAAGAAACUCGAAUCCGUUCUGGUCGGCUUGAACCGGCAACAUCGGACGGUGAACGGGACGGACUGUGAGCAGAUUAUUCGUAGUUUAAGUUACCUGCAAACACGAAGCAACCGCACGUGGAACGAAUUCAUUCACCGGAUUCAGCUGUUCUGCGAGAAACCACCCAAGGGGUUCGAAAAGUAUUACAAACCACCGGGAUCGGGCGGAGGAAAGCGGGCCACAAAGUCUGAAUCCGCUGCGGCGGCGGCCAAGGAUGACAAGCCACUCACCGAGAAACCGCCCCCCGGAACACCCCAAGCGCCCGGAGAGUCGACACAGAAGAACGACUGGAACCUGGGAAUGUUUUCGCCGCAACCAGCCCGUGGUAAGGGUGGUUCCGGUGGUUCCGGUGGCUCGGGCCGACCGAUCGAUGGUGGUGAGGAUGGCGAUAAGGAGAAGAUGUUGAUCUUUGGGGCGUUAGCUGGAGUGGCACUAAUAUCGGCGAUCGCUUACUUCGAAAUGGGCUACAAGGAAGUGACAUGGAAAGAAUUCAUCAACAACUACCUCGCUCGUGGCAUCGUUGAUAAGUUGGAAGUCGUGAACAAAAAAUGGGUUCGCGUUAAGCUAACUCCGGGAAAUGCGUCGGAUUCCUCGGGCGUACUAUGGUUCAACAUCGGUAGCGUGGACUCGUUCGAGCGCAAUUUGGAAAACGCUCAAACGGAUAUGAAUAUCGAGCCGGUAAACUUCGUUCCUGUGGUCUAUCGGAGUGAGCUCGAGGCUUCCAGUUUGACCGGGCUACUGCCGACGCUGUUAAUCAUCGGCUUUCUCGUGUACAUGAUGCGCCGAUCGUCCGAAAUGAUGGGUGGCCGUGGAGGGCGCCGAGGCGGCGGAUUGUUCGGCGGAGUGAUGCAAUCUACGGCCAAGUUGAUUAACGCCAAUGAAAUUAAUGUUGGUUUCAGAGAUGUUGCUGGUUGUGAAGAGGCCAAGAUUGAAAUUAUGGAGUUUGUGAACUUUCUGAAAAAUCCCCAGCAGUACAUCGAUUUGGGUGCAAAGAUUCCCAAAGGCGCAAUGCUGACCGGCCCUCCGGGAACGGGUAAAACGCUGCUGGCCAAGGCGACGGCUGGUGAAGCGAACGUUCCGUUCAUCACCGUGUCCGGAUCGGAGUUUUUGGAAAUGUUCGUCGGUGUUGGCCCGUCUCGUGUGCGCGACAUGUUUGCCAUGGCUCGGAAAAGCGCUCCCUGCAUUCUGUUUAUCGACGAAAUCGAUGCGGUCGGCCGGAAGCGUGGAGGCAAAAGCUUCGGCGGACAUUCGGAGCAGGAGAACACGCUCAACCAGUUGCUGGUCGAGAUGGAUGGCUUCAACACGACCACCAACGUCGUCGUGCUGGCCGCCACGAACCGAGUGGACAUCCUAGACAAAGCGUUGCUCCGGCCGGGACGCUUCGAUCGACAGAUCUUUGUGCCCGCACCGGACAUUAAGGGACGGGCCAGCAUUUUCAAGGUGCAUUUGGGGCCGCUCCGGACCGACCUCGACAAGAUGGAUUUGGCUCGAAAAAUGGCCGCACUGACACCGGGUUUCACCGGAGCCGACAUUGCGAACGUGUGCAACGAGGCCGCACUCAUUGCGGCUCGCGACCUGCACGAUUCGAUCGUCUUGAAGCACUUCGAGCAAGCGAUUGAACGCGUGAUCGCGGGCAUGGAGAAAAAGACGAACGUACUGUCGCCGGAAGAGAAGCGCACCGUUGCGUACCACGAGGCCGGCCACGCCGUAUGCGGUUGGUUCCUGGAGCACUCCGAUCCACUGCUGAAGGUUUCGAUCAUCCCGCGCGGCAAGGGCUUGGGUUACGCGCAGUACCUCCCGAAAGACCAGUAUCUGCUCUCGACGGAGCAGCUGUACGAUCGAAUGUGCAUGACCCUGGGCGGACGCGUUUCGGAGGAGAUUUUCUUCGACCGCAUCACAACCGGCGCCCAGGAUGACCUGAAAAAGAUCACGGACAGUGCGUACGCACAGAUCACGCGCUUCGGUAUGAACAAGAAGGUGGGCAACGUAAGCUUCGACACCUCCCAGCCGGGCGAUCCGAUGUUCAGCAAACCGUACUCGGAGCAGACGGCACAAAUCAUCGACGAGGAGGUCCGCUCGCUGAUCGGCCGAGCGUACGUGCGAACGAAAGAGCUGCUCACGAAGCAUCGUCCGGACGUGGAGAAGGUGGCCGAGCGGUUACUGAAAAACGAGAUUCUCAGUCGCGACGAUAUGAUCGAGCUGCUCGGUAAGCGCCCAUUCCCUGAGAAAUCGACGUACGAAGAGUUUGUGGAGGGAACGGGCUCGUUCGAGGAGGACACUACGCUGCCCGAGGGUCUGUCCAGUUGGAACAAGGAGAAGGAAGCUAAACCCGAACCGGUGGAAAGCGGGAAGCAAGGAGACAGCAAAGCUAAGGCGUAAACCCGUACGUAAACGAUCAAGGGCGAACAAAAACGCUGGUUCCGCGCUGCACGGUGUUGUGUGAAGUGAAAAUGCACUUAGUUUAUGAUGCAAAGUUAAUAUCUGAUA